GCUAUCCUACAGAUUUCAAUGCUAAAAGGAAGGUUGUGUCCAAUUGUGCAACUGGUAAUGCUGAGCAUGAGGAACAAGCACACAUGGUUGGAGGAAGAACACACAAUAAUGGUCCUGCAGGAGGGCACUUCUUCAUUGAGAAUCAAUAUAGACAAAUUCUGGAUAUGCUGAAUAAAGACACCACAUUUCCACAAGUCAACAUGGCAGGUAUUGCUACUGCACUAAUGACUAAUAAUCCUAGUAAAGAAUGGAUAGUUGAUUCUGGUGCUCAUCACAUAGCUACUUCCCUAGAUAUACUACACUCUAAGACUGAGUUGAAAACUGGUAGAGAUCAAGUUCACUUACCUAUUGGUGAGAAGACAAAUAUAUCUCACAUUGGCAGUGCAACAUUUCUUAAGGACAUGGAGAUUAAGAAUGACCUUUGGAGUGGCAGGAUGAAGGGGAUUGGUAAGGAAAGGGGAGGCCUGCAUAUGGUGAAAGAUGAGCACAUUGCUAGAAGUUUGAGGCAAGCAUCAGUUGCAGCAGUCCAGAAACCAGAAGUAAAUGUACCAACUAAGUACUGGGGAGAAUGUAUUACUACUGCUGUUUACAUUAUAAACAUGUUGUCUUCCAUCAUUCUGCAAGGCAAAUCAUCAUAUGAACUCCUACGUCAUCAGAAGCCUUCUCUUGAGCACUUAAGAGUUUUUGGUUGCUUGUGCUAUGCCACCACUAUGAUAUAUGACAACAAAUUUUCAGCAAAAGCCAAACCUGUUGUGCACCUGGUCUAUUCAGGCACACAAAAGGGCUACAAGCUCUUGGACCUUGCAACUAAUCAUUUUUUUGUGUGCAGGGAUAUUGUAUUCAAAGAGCAUAUGUUCCCAUUUGCUAAGUCUUCCUCAUUGCGUCCUGUUAAUGUUCCUUCUAAGGGGACUGUAUCAUUUGAGCAUGAACCAAGGGAAAGAACACAAUUGGAUCAAAAUGGGUGUAUAAAAUAA